CUCACCAAACCUGACAAAAUAUCUUAGCAUCACCAACUCGUUGAUUAUUCAAUUAUGUCUCAACAGCGUAAGGCUUUAUUAGAAGAACAUGAAGGUAGACUUCAGCUUGCCCUUCAAGCCUACAAUGCUAAGCAGUUUCAGAGCUAUCGAGCAGCUGCUGCUAUCUUCAACAUUAAGCACCAUACCCUUACUGAGCAUGCCAAAGGAAAGCUAUUUUGA